AUGAAGUUACUUUUGUUGAUUACACACCUGUCCGUGGCCUUGGCUGCCGCUGGUCGGAGGAAGCCCCUAGUUUCACCGGAUGAUUUCCCUUCUGAUAUUCGACUGAAAGACCUAUUGAAGGGGGCCAAACAUCUUGAGGAUCUCGCCUAUUCGUAUCCAGACCGCAAUCGCGCCUUUGGCAGUGCGGCACAUAACGAUACUGUCGACUUCCUCUAUCGCGAGUUGAAGAAGACUGGCUAUUACAAUGUGUACAAGCAGAAGCAGGUGCACACAUGGACUAGCGCGGAGACUGAGCUGACGCUCGACGGCAAGGCCAUCGAAGCAACCGCCAUGACAUACAGUCCCAGCGUUGAUGUUGCUGCAGAGGUGGCAGUUGUCUCCAACCUCGGAUGCACUGCAGCGGACUACCCGGCCGAAGUGGCUGGUAAAAUUGCCCUAGUUAAACGUGGAGAAUGUACUUUCGGAGAAAAGGCGUUGAUGGGUGGUGCAGCCAAGGCUGCAGCAGUACUUGUUUACAACAACGAGGCAGGCACUGUUAGUGGAACACUGGGUGGACCAUCCGAUGAUUAUUCUCCCAUUGCAGGAAUCUCUGAUGUUGACGGCAAGACCAUUCUCGAUGCUGCCGGGAAGGGCGCCGUGACUCUUGACUUGAUGAUCGACGGCAAAAUCGAAAAUCGCACUACAUUCAACGUGAUUGCAGAGACAAAGGGCGGUGAUCACAAUAACGUUAUCUCAUUGGGAGGUCACACCGACUCUGUCAAUGACGGCCCGGGCAUCAACGAUGAUGGAUCUGGAAUCAUCGGUAACCUCGUGGUAGCAAAGGCAUUGACACGGUACCAUGUCAAGAAUGCUGUGAGAUUCUGCUUCUGGACCGGAGAGGAGUUCGGCCUGCUGGGCAGUGAGUACUACACCUCGCAUCUGACCGCUGAGGAAAACAUGAAAAUCAGACUGUACCUCAACAUGGAUAUGAUUGCCUCGCCCAACUACGCACUCAUGGUCUAUGAUGGCGAUGGAGACGCUUUCAACGCGACUGGACCAGCAGGUUCUGCUGAGAUCGAGCAUAUGUUUGAGGAAUACUUCAAAUCCAAGAAGCUGCCGACCAUUCCCACCGAGUUCGAUGGCCGAUCUGACUACGACGGUUUCAUCUCUCGUGGAAUCCCCGCCGGUGGACUUUUCACUGGUGCUGAAGGCGUUAAGACCGAGGAGGAAGCAAAACUUUUCGGAGGCGAAGCAAAUGUAGCCUACGAUGUGAACUACCAUGCCGCUGGAGACGACUUCACCAAUCUCAAUCACAAGGCCUUCCUCAUUAAUACCAAGGCUACGGCUUACGCUGUCGCGAAAUACGCCAACAGCCUUCGUGGGUUCCCUAAGCGGAGUCCACCACCCGCCGAGGUCACUAAAAGAGCACCCCGCUCGCAUGCUCACACCCCCAAGAAGGCUGGUUGCUUCCACUCUCGGGUUGAGAUCUAA